CAAUGAAAAAAUGUGACAAUUAUUGUAAUAGCUUGAUCCAUAGUGGUGGUUACUUACAUUAUCAGUAUCAUAUAGUAUAUGGAUUCACGAAGCAAAAAAGGUAAAACAACAAAAACUUCUACAAGCAGUAGAAGAAAAGGUAAAACAAUUCUUAAGAGAAUAAAAUCAAGUGAUGGUAAAAAAAUGAAAAAAAAUAAAGAUGAAUCAAGAAAGUUAUCCAUUUCGAAAAAAAUGGCUAAAAGUCCAUUGAAAAUGAAAAAUAUUUCAUUGAAAGAUCCAUCGUUGUUAAUAAAUAGUAAAUCACCAUCAAAAACAACAACAACAACAACGGCAACAACUUUUUCGCCAGCUACGACAACAAAAGAGUUAAUCAAUAGUAAUCAGAUAACAACAGCAUUAUUACCAGAAACAUCGGAUAUUCCAUCAAAAAGAUAUAUUGUAUCACAGGGAACAACAAAAACGAUUGGUGACGAAAAAAUGGAAAAAACAAUAAUUGGAAUACCGGAUGAAAAAGAAGAUGAAUCAAUAACAGCCAGAUCGGUGACGACAACUGUUGCUGUUACGUCGCCACCAACAAAGGCUAAAAAUUUGAAUGAAAUUUCUACAUUGAAAACACAGCAAACAAAAAUAUCGAUACAACCACCGAUCAAAUCACCAUCGAAAAAAAUGAAAACUUCUCCAACCAAAAUGGAUAAAAGUAAUCACAAAUCACCAAUCGUGAUGAAAACAAAAAGUCCAACAACAAUAUCUAGAAUAAAAUUGGAUACUGGUGUUAGCUAUGGUGGUGGUGUCGGUACAAAUUAUGUAACAUUGUUGAAAACACGAUCACAGAUGAAGAAUUCGGCUGAAAAUGAUAAAACGGAAAAUGUUUCAAUAAAAACGAUGAAAUUUAUUAAAACUAAAUUUCAACCGGCAAAAACUGGAAAAUCAAAAACGAAAAAAUCUCGUAAUAAAUCAACAAAAGGAAAAUCCACCAAAGAUAAAACAAUGAAUGUGGACAAAAUUAGCAAAAAAAUGUCGACAAAAAAAUCUAAAGUAAAAAAAUCUCCUACUGGUGGUAGUCCAUCAACGAAAACAAAACGAAGUAAAUCAAUGGCAAGAAUGGCGACUAAAACGGGUGGAAAAACAGUGAUGUUUAAAAUGUCCAAAUCGAAACCAUUAACAAAAACCAAUUGGAAAUCGAUAUCGAAAAAAACGAAAAAAUCACCAACAGACAAGACGGCGGCGACGACGACGACGACGACUAUGGCAACAUCUGUUGAAAAAAUAAGUCCACAAUCAGUAUCACCAUCAUCAACAACAACGAAAAUAGACACCACAACCAUUAAGCCACAAGCAUCGGCGACAACAACUACAGUAUCCAAAGAAAACUUAACAGGUCCAACAUCAUUUAGUUUGGCAGAUUCUAAAGCGAUUCCAGAAUCGACUCAUGUUUUGAUUUCACCAUCAAUGACUAAACAACAGUCAAUAUCACAAUCAUUAUCACCAUCAACAACAAAAAUACAGAAUACAAUAGCCACUGAGAAGUUUGACGAUUCAGUUGAAAUUUCCAACAGAACACCAUCAUCAACAAAAACAACAACAACAACAAAACCAACUAUGACUGUAAUUUCACAAGAAUCAACCAUCAAAGAAAAAUCAACAUCUAAAAAAUCAAUGAUGGACAUUACGAAAAAAACUAGAAGCAAAAGUCAUAAACAACAACAACAACAAACAUCACCGGCUGCCAGUUCAAUGAAAAGUGUGGCUUCAAGUACUGUGGACAAUUAUGGUGAACGAGAUUCGUUAUUUUUUCGUUGUCCAACCGUUUAUGGAGAAACGGAUGAAGAUGAUGAUCUAAGAGUUCGAUUUAAUCCAUUUCUUGCUGGUGUACCAUUCUAUACUCAUUAUGAUGCUGAAGAACUGGAUAAAAUGGUCGAUAUAAGGCAUGGUGCCGGUCAUUCGACAAGUCAGUCAAAUUUAUUAUCUCGACGAACAUCGAAGACGACCACACAAUCAAUGACUAAGAUCGUUCCAACACCGAUGACUACGGAAGUGGAAAAAACCAAAGAAAUCACAAUAGAAGCCACAUAUCUGGAUAAUGCAACAUUAUCAACAACAUCAACUACUGGAUCAUUACUAUCAAAAGCAUCGAUUUCGGUCAAGCCAAACGAUAAUAAUUCAUUAUCAUCGUCAUCAUCGUCAUCAUCAUCAUCAUCAUCAUCGACUUUGAAAACAAUUCCUGAAAAAAGUGGCCGUACUAAAAGUGAAAGUAGUGUAUCAUCUAAAAAUAAUAGCCGAAUAAGUCAAAAGUCAAAAAAAUCAAAAACAACAAAAAAUAACAAAAGUAAAAAAACGACAAUUAAAAGUUCAAAAAAACAACCAAAAACCAGUAAAUCGACACGAAAAAGUAAAGCAAAUAAAAGUGUUUCAAAUAGUAAGAAGAAAAAAUGAUUU